AUGGCCCGCAUCGCACAUCUCCACCAACUCCGCGUUCAGUCAACCAUCGUUCCUGUGUUUACUAACCUUUUUACAGCAAUGGAUUCACACAUUGAUCCCACUUUUGGCACUGAUCCUGUCAAGCCCAACCAACCUUCUGUUGAUGAGGUGGCUGCCGCGGCCGUAGCACAAUCGGUUGCACACUCCAUACAUCCUACUGGCCCGUCUCCUAAACGACCAACAUCCAGACCGCUAACACAGACCAAGAGAGCCCUUCAGAACAGAGUGGCACAGAGGAAGUUCCGCGAAAAGAAGGACAAGACAAUCAAGGAACUGAUCGACAAGGCUGCAAGGCUGGAUGAGCUCGAAGAGUAUGUCAAGGAGCUUAAGAGAGAGAACUACGAGUUCAGAGACUAUAUUUUGCGUUUGCAGGAUAAGCUGAUCCAAAAGGUGGAGAGUGAGAACAAAAACGGCAGUGGUGGUGCUGGAAACGGGAACGUUAGUCCAACAGGGCAGGGCUUUCCUGCUUCGUUGUUGAAACCAGCAGGUGCGGAAUCUGCCACUUCGUCUUUGUUGAAUUCGGUUUUGAGCGCUGAGAAUCCGUUGAACAGGCCUGAGUAUCUUUACAAGGACGACAAACAGUAA